GUAAAUCAGUGCAGCUGCUGCGGAGGAAAGUGGACGGCGACCGGCCGCACAUCAGAAACAAACAAACAAACAAACAAACAAACAAGCAAGCAAACAGAUGUUUGAGCAGCUUCUCCCAGCAGACUGCACACACCGGGCCUGCCGCCGCUAGCAUCCCGGCUAGCAUCCCGGCUAGCAUCCCGGCUAGCACCGUUAGCCCAACGAGCCGCUAACUGAGUGUGUGUGUGUGUGUGUGUGUGUGUGUGUGUGUGUGUGUGUGUGUGUGUGUGUGUGUGUGUCCGGGGUAUUGUUAGCCAGCCAGCUAAGCUAGCUCCGCGUCUGACUGAUGGAGGAAACGAGCUCAGAUCCGGAGGAAGUUGUGAGGGCCAGGACCUUCUGGGCCGAGGCCGACGUGGACCAGGUGUUUGAGGAGGUUCUGGAAUAUCUGGAUUACCUGAAAUCAGCCUUCAAGAAGAACACCGCCACAGACAAAGAGUAUGUGCAUGGAAUGAAGCUGCUGGCUGUGCUGGACUUCACCACAGCAAAAACACAGGAGCAGAACGUGGUGCAGGUCGUCAUCGGCUCAGAUGUGUCGAAGCUGUUGCAGCUGGACUCGUUGGAGCAGACUGAGCCCUCCUCCCCCCUGGCGGCGCCGCUCGCCGGCAGAGAUGGCCUUGCCCCGCUGGCGGCGGCGCCGCUGCAGUACGAGCCUCACGACUGCUGCCCGGCCUGCUUGCCCGGGUUACCCAGCAUGCCUCAGUCCACGCCGCCGUUUUGGGGUCAGAACCCACUGAAGGUGCCGUUGCUCUGUGGCUUCCACCGGCUCAGCGGCGUGCCAGUGGUGUCGCCAGGCGGGGGCGGAGCCUGGGAGCACCUGGAGACGGAGCCGUGGGAGGAGGAGGAAGAGGAGUGGGACGUCGUGUACAAAGCUCCGUGUGGGAAGAGCCUGCGUUGCUAUGACGAGGUGAUGCACUUCCUGUUGGCCACGGAGAGCUACGGCGUCCUGCAGGUGGACUUUUUCUCCUUUAAUGCCGCUGUGCGGUGCGACCCCCCUCGCCCGGCGGGGCCGCGGCGUCCCGAGCUGGAUCUGAGCAGGGGGGCGGAGCCGACGCCGGUGGAGCUGUGCGUCGGCGAGGGCGGCCUGCGACCCGACGACUUCCGGUACCGUAAAGACCGCUGGCCGCACGGCUGCUUCCUGAGCCGCGGCCCGGCGCUGUUCGCCGCCUGCUGCGACUGUACCGACGGCUGCUGGGACGCCGCCAACUGCGCCUGCGUCCGCCUGACCAGAGGAGGGCGCCACUACUCGCACCACAGACUGAGUGAGCCCGUGCCCUCUGGGCUGUACGAGUGCGGCCCGUGGUGCGGCUGUGAUGGCGCUCGCUGUCAGAACCGGCUGGUCCAGCGGGGGAUCCGAGUCCGGCUGCAGGUUUUCCGGACCGCCGACUGUGGCUGGGGCGUGCGUUGCCGUGACGACCUGGAUCAGGGCACAUUCGUGUGCACGUACGCAGGGCUGGUGCUCGGCAAGGCUCGGAGUCCCGUCGAGGCUCCGCCCCCCAAGCUGUUGCGGGCGGAGCUCGCGUCGGACGACGAGGUGGAGGUCGUCACGGAGUGGCUGGCGCCGCCGGUACAGGAGGGGCGGAGCAACCUGCUGGAGUCCCCGCCAUCCCCUCCCACCUCACCCCCCCUCCACGUCCCGGUGAUCCAGAGACCCGCCGAGGCCCCGCCCACCCCGCAGGACAGAGACAAGGCGCAGACAGCGGUGUUGGGGAGUGUGAAGCCGGCUUCACCAGGUAUCACAGCUGACCAAUCACAAGGGCAGGAGAGAUCGGUUACCAGGGCGACAUCGAGCCCAGAGGCAGUUGCUAAGGAGAUGAGCACCGACAUGGCGGCGACGGACGUUCGGAGGAGACUAAAGAGGCCGAAGAUGGAAGACGUCUACUUCCUGGACGCCAGCAAGGAGGGCAAUGUGGGCCGCUUCCUCAACCAUAGCUGCCAGCCCAACCUCUUUGUCCAGAACGUUUUCACGGACUCGCAUGACCACGCCUUCCCCGUCAUCGCCUUCUUCACCAGCAGGGCGGUCAAAGCCGGCUCUGAGCUGACCUGGAGCUGCUUCCGUGAAACAGGAAGUAGCUCCCAACAGGAAGUUGAGAGCUCUGUACAGGAAGUGGUGUGUCUGUGCGGGAGCGACGGUUGCCAUGGACGACUGAGCGUUGAGGAGAACCUGUGUGACGAGUGUGAGGUCAAAGGUCACAGCGAGAAGGGGGUGGUGUCUGUGCCCCUGUGGGGUGUCAGUUAAACAGGAAGAGAGGAACUUGCUGCAAUAAAAGACUCAAAAUAUGUGAACAGGUUUUUGUUUUUAAGGGUUAUAUUUUUUUUAAUAGAACCUUUUUUUUAGUUUUAGGAUUUCCAGAUCAUUUAUAACUAAUUUUCUAGUUUUUUUAUGCUUUUGAAAAUAAUAAAAAGUGAACUUGUUCUUGUCUUAAUGGGUAAAGAGUCACAGCAGCAGCAACAAUAAGAUGGAGGUUAAAAAGGAAACAACGCGCAGUGACAUGUCGGUUCUGCUCCUUGCUACUUGAAUCUCAAAAUCCUAAAAUCAUGUUUUGUGAUGUUUUGUUUUGUUUG